CGCGGGCUCGCUAAAUUUGCGGAUUUAGCGGGGGGUGCUUGAUCGAAAUGAGCGCCUGCGCCUGCCGGUGAUUUCGUGUUGCUUCCUUCUCCUAUCGAUUCAGGCCGUAAUUCCAGACCACCGGCCGGCGUGGUCUCGAAAAUUUCGUCGGUAAAUGGUAACCGGUUUCAGCAUGUUCACGAGACGUGUUUUGGCUUUCUGAUUUCUGGUGUUAUUCGAUUGGAAAUAUGUGGGAUUUGGGACCGGUAUAUAAUUCAUAAUCAAGCGUGUAGGAUCUAUGCAUAGCUCGUAUGUUACUGCUAUUUACUCGGAUUUUAAUGCUGUUUACUCGUGGAUUUGUCGGGUUCAGUCGUCAGGAAUUCGUAGAUUCAGCUAAAAAAACUUUUGAGUUUGCGUUCAUCGGUCCUACUAUUUUGCACCAAGUGUUUGAGUUUAAUUUUUUUUUAAAAAAAAUACCUGCGUGGGGGAAUCGAUUUAUCCCUAGCAUUCUGUGGACAUAAAUCAAUUGAAAUUUUGGAGUCCUUAUUUAGCUUGUCACCAUGAAUCAAUCCUACUUAAUUUCUGGCUGCAUGCAAAAUCUGCCUAUCCCUUUAUGGACUAUGCUAUUUAUAGUACCUAUAUUUUCCCUCAGCCAUUGGACUCUAUUACAAACCAAUGUGAUUCUGAUGAGAUUUGGUCCACUUGUACAGAAACAUGCGGAAAUGAUCCCGAUCUCCGUUUUCAACUGAUUAUUUUUCUUUAAGAGAAGGUGCUGUUUGUUUCAACAAGGAGUAUGGGAACGGUAAUACAACUGGAAAUAAAAACGCCUUUUGUUUGGUUCGUCUCUCUGGAGUGCAGCGAUCAAAUAUUUGCCGCUGAGACACAUGAAGGGAACCAAUAACACUCCUAGGGGAGGGGCAAAAAAGUUCUACCGGGUCGGAUCGAUUUACGCUGCAACUGAUUACGGACUCAUCCAUCCAAACAUAAAAUAGCGUUAUGCAUUUACGCAGGGAAUCAUUGGCGGUCUAAAAAUGUCGAACCAAACAGCUCCUCAAUUGGUUCUGCUCUCUGCCUUAGAUUGAGAUCCAAGUUUACUGACAUUUCUAGUUAUAGUGUUAUUUUUAUACUUAUUAUUUUGCCAAAAUAUUCAAUUUGUUCUUGUCACCAGUGGUUUUGAAAUGCAGUCAGAAACUUGCAACACUCGAUAUAAUCUAAUACCUAUUCUGCUCAACAGUUGCGAAUAGGUUUAUUGGGCAUAGACUUGUGAAACCAUUCUGCCUGGCAAAGGGCUGUAAUUUGGUCCUUGCAAUGGAAUGAGCAAAGAAAUGAUCCAAAGAAUAUCGUUUAUGGAAGUAACUUGAUAGGUUCUGUUAGUAUGUUACAUGCUAGCUAAUCCAUUUAUAUCAGACAGCUGUAAUCGCUCCACAAUUUUUGUAUCUCCUAACUUUGUCUAGAAUCUUACAUUUAUCAUUGCAUCGAAGCUUGUUUUGUACUAUAUAGUAUCUCAUUUCUCCUUUUUUCUCCUCCCAGGAUAUAUAUAUCAAUCAAUGCCCCUGUGAUAUCGAGCUUCAGUUGAUGCAGUGGUGAAAACAUCUUCUCGAAAAACUGCUGGCUGCAAGUUGCAAAAGUUUGUCUUUCCCUUGUUGUGUUGUUGCUUCCUUCUCUGGUGGAGUACACGGGAGAAGUUUGCAGAUACAGGCAGCUCCUUUCAAAUCUCCUAUGUCCAGGGAUUUGGACUGUCCUGUUCAGACACAGAUGGCUGUGGCAGUCCUGGACCGGAGCUUUAGCAGCGAAUAUCCUGGAGGUAGCAGAAUUGAGGGGAGGCAACUGAGCUGGAAGAGAGUAUUUGUCCAAACUGACAAUGGUUCUGUCCUUGGCAUCGAGCUGGAGAGAGGAGAAAACGUACAAACUGUGAAAAAGAAGCUCCAGAUAGCCCUCAAUGUGCCCACUGAUGAGAGCUCAUUGACCUUUGGUGACCUAGUUCUGAAUAAUGAUCUUAGCAGCAUUCGCAAUGACUCACCCUUGUUUCUCAAAAGGAAUCAGAUUCACCGGAGCAAUUCCACACCUUGCCUCUCACCUACAGGUAAGAAUGUUUUGCAAAGAGACCGGAGUGGACCCAUUGAAAUCCUUGGCUGUUCAAGUCCUUCAUCUCGGAUGAAGCAGCUUGCUAAGGAUGUCAUUAAAGCCAUAAUGAAUGAUGUUGACCCAGUCGCUGUUAACAGUGGGAUGGGUGGUGCCUACUACUUCAAGAACAUUUGGGGAGAGCGUGUGGCAAUUGUCAAGCCAACUGAUGAGGAACCAUUUGCUCCAAAUAAUCCAAAAGGUUUUGUGGGGAAAGCUCUGGGACAGCCGGGCCUGAAAAGGUCUGUACGGGUUGGGGAGACAGGCUUCAGAGAGGUUGCUGCUUACCUCCUCGACUAUGGUCACUUUGCAAAUGUUCCUCCCACCAUGCUGGUCAAGAUAACACACACAAUCUUCAAUGUGAACGACUGUGUUGGCUGCAAAAGUAAAGUGUUCUGCAACAAAUCAGAGGCUGUGAGCAAGAUUGCAUCGCUGCAGGAGUUCAUUCCUCAUGAUUUCGAUGCCAGUGACCAUGGGACCUCAAGCUUCCCUGUAUCUGCAGUGCAUAGGAUUGGCAUCCUUGACAUUAGAAUCUUCAACACUGACAGGCAUGCUGGAAAUCUUCUGGUCAAGAAGCUUGGUCCUGGCGCCGACAAUUUUGGAGAGCAGACAGAACUCAUUCCUAUUGACCAUGGUCUCUGUCUUCCAGAAUGCCUAGAAGACCCAUACUUCGAGUGGAUCCACUGGCCGCAGGCAUCUGUUCCUUUCUCCGAGGAGGAGCUUGAGUACAUUGCAAGACUUGAUCCUGUAAAAGAUGCAGAAAUGCUACGCAUGGAGCUACCCAUGAUACGAGACGCAUGUCUCAGGGUGCUGGUGCUAUCAACAGUAUUUCUCAAGGAAGCUGCAGCGUCUGGCCUCUGCCUCUCGGAGAUUGGAGACAUGAUGAGCAGGCAGUUCACUGCGAAGGAGGAGGAACCGAGUCAGCUUGAGCUGCUCUGCAUGGAGGCAAGGAAGUGGGUUGAGGAAAGAGAGUCCUUUCUUCCCAACGAAGCCGGAGUUGAAGAUGACGAUGAUGACUUCACCCAGUUCCUUAUCGACGGCGAGGAUGAUUAUCCGGAUGCCUUGGAACCAUCAGCUUUCUGCAAGUUUGGUAGCAUGAAGGCAAGUUCUAGGAAUCCACUGUCCAAGCUAGAUGAGCGUGACGAGGAAGACGGAGACGGGACCGAGGAGGACGACGACGACGACAUCUUGACCGGUGCAUUGCCUCAGAGGAUCUCGUCUAUCUCCAAGCUGUCGUCAUCCAUGAAGGGGCUUGGCUUCAUUGGGAAACCCAAGCCCUACCGCACGUGCCUUCGGAAGGGUAAAGCGACAGGCAGAACUAAGUACACCGGCAAAGCCAGCGAGCAUCAGUCCGGCAGCAGGAGCGCCAACGAGCUGCUCCCGCCCAGCGCCAGUUUCGUGAAGCUGUCGGACAUGAGCCCUAAACAGUGGAGCGCAUUCCUCGACAAGUUCCAGGAGCUGCUCCCAGGUGCCCUGAGCGCCCGGAAGCACGCUGCCGGUGUCGUCGGCCAGCGCUCGAUGCCGAGGCUGGGCACGUCUUGCCAGUUUUGAGAGUAGCAGAAGAGAAGCCACCGAACCCAAGGUAUGACGAACGCGCUUCUGUUCGAGCUCUGGUGUGCAGCAGCCAAGCAGGUACGGAGUAUUAUAUAUGCUUGUAGUAGGUGUCUGGAGCCGGUGGUGGUAGAGAGGGUCCGAGAAUAAGAUCAUCCAUGGCAUGUGAGAUGAGGUUGCGGGAGAAGGAAGGGGGUUGUGUGUGUUUGUGCAUAGUGUUUCGCAUAAGAGGUCCGUUGUUCUUUUUUCUUCUUCUCUGUAUAUAGUUAAGUACUCCUACUGCUACUGCAUCGCAGCACCGGGCACGGGCUGGGAUCUCGGCCGUUGUUAUCUGAACGAUGGUGGUGAGUGUGCUGGCGUCGCCUGCUCUCUGCUCUGUCUUUGCCGCUGUACCAUUUUGGAGGCGCUUACCAUAUUAUGAACUUUGAACUAUGAUAUGAUGUUCGCUACAGAUUAUAUUGCAUAAAUAUCACAUGUUCUCUGUA